GCGAUGUAAAAUAGUAUUAUUAAGUGAACAAGGCUACAGUUAUAAAGAAAUUAGAAGAAAAAUUGGUGGAAACUUAACCAAAGGUGGCAUUUCUAAGUUUUUGAAGAGGUAUAAGGAGACUCAGCCACUACAAAACCACACUGGUAAAGGCAGGAAAAGGUGCACAACUGCAAGUGAUGAUAGAAGAAUUAUGAGACUGUGCCUAUGUGACAGAAGAAAAUCAUCUGGGUGUAUACAAGAUGAAAUGGCGCAAUGCAGUGUGAAGUUGAGUGCAAGGACUGUUCGGCGCAGACUGCGGGAAUUUGGUUUAAAAUCUAGAAUUCCACCAAAAAAGCCACUUUUAUCUCUCAAACAAAGAAUGCCUCCCAAGGGGCGGAAAAGGAAGGCAAAGAUCCCUCAAGCAGAAGCCACAGCGUCCAAUGGAGAGGAAGCCAGUGAUGUGCCCAAGAUCCGGAAGACUGAAGGAUCGGGAGACCUUCGUGUGACCAUUGAGCACUGUAAAAGCUGACGAGUCUUUGGACGCAGAGCUGAGGCUGUCAGCCAAGAGCUGUGCCUGGCCUUUCCUGACAUCGUUGUGGAGGUCAACCUUGAAAAACCCCGGAGAAAUAGUUUUGAAGUAGUUCUCUUGAAAAAGGAUGGCACCAAGAUAGAGCUAUGGAGUGGUCUUAAAAAAGGGCCACCCCGCAAAUUGAAAUUCCCAGAACCCAACAACAUCAUUGAAAUGGUGAAGCGCAACUUAAACUAAAGUCAACAAUGAUGCAAUAGGAGCAAAGUGCCUCUAUGACUGUCCAUUUGUCCUGUGAGCUGGAGCAUUUAUGAUGAGAUAUGAUGAAGUGGGGUAAAGAAACUCUGGUCGUAUCUCUGAAACUGCUGCCCCUCCUUUACAAGGAAGAAUGGACCAAAUAAUAUCCUUUCCUGCCCCACCAUCCUUUCAAAUGUUUGUUACUUCUGGGAACGUUUUGGGGAAGAACUUUAUUUUCAGUAAAGCUUAACUGCCUCUAUCUCGUUUAGUUCUGUGAAAUAAACGUUUAGUUCUGUGUCAUGAGAUUCUCUGUCAUGGCAGUUUAGUGUUGUCCACUGUUUUGCGAAUUAAAGUUGCAUAUCUAUAUUCACAUGUCCUGUUUCAUCUGCUGGUGUUAAACUUGUCCUCCCAAGUACAUACAACUCCCAAGCAUACACAUGACUUCUGAAAACAUUUUUUUUUUUUUUUUUACUAUUGCACUUUCAUCCCUCCCAUGGCUUCAGAUUACCAUGCUAAUAUUUUGUCCUGUAUUUUUUUCCCAAUAAAACCUAAAUGCGUGCUUAUUUGCUAGUGGCAUUUUAGAAGUUGUACUUAAAAUCUCUACAAUCAUGACAGAAUAAAGAACCCUGAAAACUCAA